AUGACACACCAUCUCUCCGACAUUCUCGGAAUCUACCCAGAAAGCCAAUCCUGUGUUGGCUGGGCGCCCUCACAGGGCCGUCACUGCCGCAACCCCACAAACGCCAGAAACCGCCGACAUGCAGUUUCCCUUCUCGACCAAGGGACCCGCUUGCUCAAAGCCGGCCGGUCUAUUGAUCAUAUACUUGAGGAGUUGGCUCCUCUCGUCCUCUGCCUACGUUAUCACCAGAACCAAGCUGCUGGCCUAACUAAUACUUGGGUCUCUCGAGUCGAUGAAUACAUCGCUAAACAUCGGUCUCCUCCUAGGAGCUCGCCGAGUAGAUCGAUGCCUCGGCGAUCACCGUCACCAAGGAUGCGUGAUGAAACAAGCAUCAUAGAGAACAGACUUGCGGAACUCGAAAGAAAGAUGCAGGAUGCAAUUCGUAAGGCAGAGCGAGCGGAGCGGGAGAAAGAGAGGGCGAAGAGAGACGCAGAGCGCACUAGACGGGACACUGAAGACAUGGUCAGAAGAAGUGCGGCUAUGGGAUAUGCCCGAGGACAGGAAGAGGCGAGAAGAAGAGCCUCUCCUUCUCCUACUUUUGAAACCGAGACUACUAUGGUGGAGCGGAACGAGGCAUACGGGUUCCAGAGGAACUCGGAGUCCAGUGGCUUGCUGUCUUCACGGAGGCAGGAUGCUCGUGGAGGGAGUGUCGAAACGACAUUGCAGGUCAACACUUCUACCAGCACGAACGUGCAACUACGCAGAAGCACCAUUGUUAGCACAACCAGGGUCCAGAGGACAAGCGAUGGCCCAGCUACUCCUGCUCAAGCUGAACGACGUGCUGCUACUCCGAGCUCUGUGUCCAGAGUUGUUGAGAUCGGUGAUACCAGCGAUGCACUAGCUACUCCAUCUCCUGCCCAGCGAAGCAACAACAAUGUUACCUCCGUCUCCGACACCACGAGCUCGAGCACAAGAAGAGCAAUUAGCCUUCCCAGCGCAGAAACCGAAUCUGCCAAUACCACAACUACACCCAACAGUGAAGAGCGUCCUUCAUCCACAACCACCCAAGAACCCGAAUCCACCUCUUCUACAGUAACCUCGGAAACUUCCACUCCAAACCCUCAACUCCCAAGCCCUCCUCCCUCAAACACCGAAGAACCUCGCUCUACCCCCACAGACACUCCAGAAUCCACAACCACCCAAGACACCACCACCCAGCCUGCCCCUACCUCCACCUCCACCUCUAGCCCCCAACACCUCCCCACACCCCCCUCAACCCCCCCUCCCUCCACUCCACCCACCAUCUCAGAACAUGGCAUCACCCGCCACCCUAUCGAAGGCGACUGCUGCAUAUGCCUCUGCCCUCUACAGAGAUAUCCUACCCAAUACAGCCAUAACCCUGAGGACGACACCUCUAUCGUCUGGUGCCAGAAGCAAUGCGGAAAUAACUUCCACCACGAGUGUAUGGAUCGGUGGAUAGCUUCGGCGCUUGAUGGUGAUCGGCAGACGAGUUGUCCGAUGUGUCGGGGGAAGUGGCAGUGA